AUGUCCUCAAAGCAAACUGUCGCCAUCGCCGGCUCGGGCAACAUCGCCCAGUAUCUCACAGAGGAGUUCCUCGCCGAUGGCACCUACCACGUUGCCAUCAUCUCCAGAACGGAUCGUGAGUUCUUCCACAAGCCAGGGGUGACCUUCCACGUUGUCAAAGAGUACUCUGCGGCCACUAUCGUGCCUAUCCUGGACGGCCAUGACACGACCGCUCUCAUCUCCACGCUCCAGGGUGCCGACCCCGAGUGGUACACAUCCGUGCACGAGAUCCUGCUUGCCUCAUGUAUCGAGUCCAAGAAGUGCAAACGCUUCAUCUCGAGUGAGUACCAGGGUAACUUGAGGCACCAGCCCAACCUGCCACGCGGCAACCACCGGGCCCGCCAGGCCUUCCGUGCCAAGCUGGCUGCGCAGAAAGAGAUCCAGGCCACACUCGUCCUGCAGGGCUGGUUGGCGGACUACUGGGUCCAGCCAGCUGAUGAAUCCAAGAGCUACAUUCGCCCUUUCCCAAAUGGCUGGCCCAUUGACCUGGAUCAGAAGACUGUCCGUAUCCCCGGAACGGGAGACGAGCCUAUCGGCUGGACAGCAACCCGCGACAUGGCCAAGGCCGUCGUCAAAUUAAUCGAUUACAAUGACUGGCCUGAUCACACAUACGUCUUCGGAGAGCUAGGCACCUGGAAUGAGGCUAUUCCCAAGCUGGAGAAGUUUCUUGGACGCAAAUUAGAGCGCACCUACCGUCCCAAGGAGGACAUUGACGCGGCUCUUGCUCAGACUGAGGACUUCGAGCGCUGGUACACUGCUACCAUGGACGAGUGGAACGUUCUGGGAGGCACGGCCGUGCCUCGGGAUGAGGCUCUCAAGCUGCGCGAGACGGUUUUCAAGGAUGUGCACUUUAGAGAUAUCGAGGAGGUUUUGGCAGACUCCAAGAAGACGCAGAUUUUGUAG